GCUCCAAACUCUCUCUAUGAAUUAUUAUAUCUAACCUCAUCUUGUCCUCUAGAGGUUUCCUCAGAUCAGCGCAUCUCAAGUCAUAAUUUUUUUUCACGUACUAUAGACUCAACUCCACUAAUUAUACCAAUUAUUCACUACAACUCGUCAACCAAAUGGAUAGACUCAAUUCCGCCGAGUCUGUGACUAAGUUCUUACGGUCCAAGAAUGGUCUGUAUGUUGAAAUUGUUCAAACUUGUCAUAAACUAUUGAAUAAUGACUAUGAUAUUUAUCUUCCUAACAAAGAUACCUUCAUACUAGAGUUGUUAUGUGAUAGACUUAAUGACUUUAACUCUGGUUUCAAACUGUGGAAGUAUGAAGAUGAGUCAUGGGAACUCAUGAAACAAGUCUGGACUGGGUUAGGACUAGUAGAAGAUGAUAGACAUAUGCGUAAUAGAAUUCUCAAUAAGUUAAGAGUGAUACAAAUAGUGAUUGCCAUACUAAAUAAAGACCCAACCGAAGCAUUGAUGGAUAAAAUCCUUGACUUUAUAGUACUACUCAGACAGGAAGUGUAUAUAGAUAUCGAAGAACAUCUGGCUAUCGAAUUAUUAACUGCAUUCUCCCAUAGAUUAUUAUCUUUAACUACAACUACAACCCCAGAGUCCUCUAUAUUGAAAUGGACCAACAUCAUCAGAGACUUAUACAAUAUACCGAAGUCUUCAGCCACUUACUCACCAUCCAAGAAGUCGUAUGCCAAAUUCAUUCAGGAAUGCUUAUCACCUGUGUUACAAUAUGUGAAUACGUGUGAAUACCCAUCAGUAACAGUCAUAUUCGAAGAUAUCAUCAAGAAAGCCAUCUUCAAUGAUAGCCUUCGAACCGAUUUGGUUAAACAGGUAAGUCAUUUACUUAAAUCCAAGUCAAACAUUUUGAACCAACAGUCUAUAACUACCCUUUACAGACUCACCGUAGAUAACAUGUCCAGUAAGGAUUUCAAGCUAUGUGAAGAACUCUUUACUGCCAUAGUGACUCAAGAAACUUAUAGUGAUUUAGCGGAAUCAUUAUUGGCAAUUAUCCGUCAAGUCAAUAAGACACUUUCGCCCGAGUUUCUUAAAUCUCUUUAUGAUGAAGCCAUUGGAUCUACGAGUAACUCCAAAUGGAAACUAAUUGUUCAAUUGUUCAAUCUUGAUAUAGAGUUAGCGAUGGAUAAUUGUCACACUGUGAUUACUGAAACUCAUCGUAUAGCCUCCACCAUAUCUUUAAAUGAUAUAGGUAAAAGUAUCCUUCAUGCCUAUGGUAGAGGUAGAGAAUUAAAUCAAUUCAUUGUUGACAUAUGGCCGGUGAUGAAUGAGUCUAAUAAGUAUUACACUUCUCAGGAAUUUGUCGCUGAAGUAGCCACUGUCAUUGACGAACUAUCUGGUCAACAAUUAUCGACAUUAAUUGUUAAUUUAUAUAAGUUUAAUGAUCCUCUGGCAUUACAACCAUUAUUAAUGGCUGUCCUUAAGGGGAUCUUAACAUCUAGUGUAUCUAAAAGAGAGCAUAUAAAAUCGACUAUCCUAGACCAUACGGAUAUUAUCAAUACAGAUCUCAAGGGAUAUUGGGAAUUAAGGUACUACUUAUUAUGCCUAUAUGCUGAUGACUAUACAGUAGAUAUAACCCUGUUCAAAGCUAUAGAUUCUCCUUAUUACUAUUUCUCCUUAUUCAGAUUACUUGAAGUUGAGAGAAUCCCUCAGCCAACUGAUUCUCAUUCUAAUUCUAGUUCUAAUCCUCAAGGUGACAAGUACUUGAAAUUGGUAAAGACCCAUUCACCUAUCCUUAUAACAUCUAUAGAGAGAUGGCUAAUCGUUCUUGAAACAUGGUUUACUACAACCCAAUUGAGUAAGUUUGUUGAGUUAAUCUUUAGCAAUUUAGAUAUCGCUACCAUAACAAGUCUCUUCCAAGCCAAUGCUGAAUAUGUGUUUGAAAGGAAACUAUUAGUCGCUGCCAUUGCCAACUAUCUUAUUGAGAAUAUGCCUAAGACUAAGACUAAAGAACUUCUACCAUUAAUUCCAAUCCUUCCUGUACAGGCUUUAGACCGUCGCAGUAGAUCAGGACUUGUGGACACUGUGUUCAAGCUGCUUCACAAGAGUACGCAUAACCUCCACCAAACCAUUGCUGCUUUAGAUCAUUUAACUUCUGUGCCCGGUCCUUCCAGCUUUGAAAAGGAUCCCCAGUCUUUAUUUGAACUUGUGUCUAGUGUGAGACUGGACUAUACACCAAUAGCCUUAAGCAUAGUUUCCAGACUCUGGACUUUCAAUAUCAAUCAAAUAGCCAAUGAAGAGAGUCUACAAUACAUAACACAAACCCUCGACAUCUUACAGACUUACUUCAAUGGUAAACCAUCCAAAGUAUUUGAUAUCCCUAAGUAUGAAGUGGCCUUUUGUAUCUUGUCAUCGCACAGACAUCGAAAAGUCACUGGUGAUGUCGAGCAAUCAUUGACUGAACUUAAGACUAGUUUCAUAAGUGCAGCCACUAACUCCUUAGAAGCCAUAACCAACAAGAAGGUGCUUGACUUGGCCCAGGCCAAUUGGCUCUUGAAAUCAUUCAGUUUGGCAGACUCUGUAGAUGUCGAUAUCGAUGUGCUUGGAUUAGUUAUCAAAGUCAAUAGCAAAUUAGACUCUGCCGAUACUUCUGCUACAGCCAAUAACAUCCGUACCGUAUGUUUCAACUUAGUGGCCAGUACCUUAGACUACCAACACACCAGUUCUACUGUCUAUGUGUUAGCUCUCUACAUCUCCUUAGUAGACGAAUACAAUAUAGACCUUACUGAGGGAAUAGAGAUCUUUGUCAAGAGAAUUAGUGAUAAUCCAGACUUGUUUAGCGAGACAGUUCAAUAUGUAUUGGAAAGCUUGAGAGAACAUGCCAGUCCUGCCUUAGUUGAUUUGAUAAGCUUAUUCAUCAGAAGUUUCCAUAAGGACUUUGAGCAUAGUCGUGUGUUGUACGUAGAAGCACUCAGCACAAUUAUCUCGCUGAUUGAUACAAUUCCUACUAGUUCACUCAUACAUCUUCUUAAGAUUGUCAAGGACAGUAUUGGAGAUAAAGUAUGGUUGUUCAGUCAACAUGCCUUAGAAACCACCAUAGCAUUCAUUGACACUGUUUGCAUAGACAUUCAAUCAGUCGAUCUUUACAUCUGUGCUACUCAAUGCUUCUCCUACAUCUUACUAUACCACAGAUACAAACUUGCAUCACGUCAUCAUCUUAUCUUAUCUUCUAGUUGUAGAUUCCUUGAGUACUUGUGUAACAAACAUAGACAUAGUCCUAUUAGUUCCAGUACUAUUGCGGCUACAUCUUAUGCCAGAGUAUUGGAAAACCUUUGUGAACCAUCCCAUACAUCUCUGGCAAAGGAUAAGUCAGGGUUGACAUCUUCAUCGGUACUUACUAAGAGAGCUUUAAGAAAACAUUUACCUAUACUUAUCAUUAAUUAUAUCUAUCUUAAUUUAAAGUAUAACUUUGAUAGUGCUGUCAAUGAUGCUUUAAUGCCCGGUAUAUAUAGUGCCUUUGAUGUUGUGUCUAAGGAUGAAUUAAGAUUAGUUAGUUCAUCAUUAGAUAUUCCUGGUAAGACUUUCUUCCGAUCAUUAUAUGCCAAUUACAUAGAGAAUGGUAAAUGGAAGGAUAACUAAUAUAGUUAAUUAUAUAC